GAACGCUUUGCGGCAAUAUGAAAGUGCACGAGUCGACGACGUCCCUCUCUCUCGUUUCUUGUCAUGCAGAAUUCCGAAUCCUAAUCCAUUCCUACCUGGGCACUAGCUUUGGCUGUGUUUGCAUGACACUUACUGUAAUAAGCCCAAACUGUAUGCAAGAAAAAAACUGUGUAAGUGUAAGUCUGUGAUGCAGAAAAUGCAAAACAGUUACGCUUGUCAUGCUCUACAUGCAUGAUAGGCUCGCUUCCUACGUGUUUUCCCGUCCUAUCUGCGCAUGACAAGUUUUUCCUGUCAUGGCAGACGAACUUGUGAUGCUGUUUUCCCAAAAGACCUACACUAACACAGUUUUUUUCUUGGAUAAACUGCACUGCUUUCCUGGACUACUAGGUUUGUCGCACAAAAGCCUCACUUUGCAUAUGGCC